GUCAAUUAAUAUAGCAUCAUAAAAUCCAAAGUCAAGAACGUGGUAGCAAAAGCAAAUGCAUUAUUUAUAGUCUUUUUUCCCCUGUACAAAAAUAUUGGCCAUAACUCUGUGUACCUACAGACCAAACCAAAGAGCCAUGGGUUCAACAGAAACAAGUUCAACACUAAAACUUCCUCUGUUUUCAGUAAAUUCAGCUGAGGAUUUAGGCAUGUUAACCCCUCUUCAUACUUUAGCUUCAAUUCCAUUUUCUUGGGAAGAAGAGCCUGGAAAGCCUCGUCCAUGUACUGAUCUUAUCCCUUUACCAAACUCCAUAUGCUUAGAGCCACCUCCUAGGCUUUACAUGGAAUCUACAAAAAGUUCUUCUCCCACAACUGUUUUUGAUGGCCCUUAUAUUACUAGCAAGCCAAAGUUUUCAUCUUUUAGGUUCUUGAGGGAUCGGCGUAGACAAGGGUCUUUUGAUAGUACUGCUAGUUCUGAAACAGGGCAACUUAGUUCCUUUGUUGUGGGCAACAAGAAAGUGGAAAGUAAAAGCUGGUGGCGCGGUACUAGUGGUGUUAAAGACAAAUCUGGUGCAGAUUCAAGAGAUUCUGUUAGUUUGAGUGAUGAAUGUACUAUGAAAAUGGCAACACUUAAAAGAAGUGGAAGCUUCUCACGUCUCUCACAGACUAAGACUCAUAUUUGGGCAACAAUAUACGAAGGUUUCAAGCAGGUAUUACCAUGGAAGAGCAAAAAAUCAAAGAAAGAAGCACUCAUCGCCUAAGUUUAAACAAUAGCUGUUAUGUUCAUGAAGUGAAGAGUUUAUGUUGCUUUCUCUAGUCAUUUAAGUAUUCCUGGUUAAAUACACAGGAAAUAUAGAAACAAAUGUACCAUGUCUCUUGGGCCUGAAUGUAGAAAUCUACUAUCAUUAGCCUUGGAUUUCACCAGAACCUGUUGUAAAUAUUGUGAGAGCAUUUUCUAGAUUACCACUUAUAUA